GCAAGCUACACACCAUGGCCAAAAAAAAGCAAGAAAAAAUAAUAUAACAUGGCAACUCUAGAAAUCAGGUUCUCCCCAUUCUCCAAGGUUUGUUGUUGUUGUUUGUUUAGUGACUUUUCUCAACUAAUUCAUUGUGAAGUCUGUAUUCUUUAUUGUGUGUGGACACUGAAGUCUCUACUGAUUAGCUUAGUAGUUAGCUAAUGAUUGGCUACUAAGCAUUUAAGAUUACCUUAAAUGCCUGGAACCAGUAUACCUCCCAGUCUUUCAUGAGGGGCUCUGUGUGCCUACUGGGGCAUGUCUUCAACAGUAUCAGCCAAGCAGUUGAAAACUCUGCCUUUGCCUUCACUUCCUGCUUGGGAAAAGCUUCACGGUCAGCCGGGGUUGAAUGCACAGGGCCAUCUCAUGUCUUUCUUGAGCAUGCUCACAACCCUGCAUGCACACGGCUCUAUACAUGUGCGUGGACUUCUAGACUCCUACGGAUAUGUCAGAGCUGUUCAGAACCCCUAUGGACAUCUAAUUUACCAGCUUUUCCUUUAAGCUUUUUGACUAGUCUGUCAGUUGCCGCAAAUAAUCCAAUGCCUCAGAGAGCCAGGAAGUUAAAACAUUUUGUCAAAAGUUUUGCCAAAAGUUUUGUGAGGAGAAGACUUUUUUGCACUGAGUGGACUCCAAGUUAGGUCAAAUGCAGAUAGCUUUGCAAGCAAGUGACGUCUUCCAGAAAACCAGCAGAUGAGUCAGAUAAUGACAGUUCUUUGGGAAUGAGACUCUGAAAGGGCUCUACCUCUAUUCUGCUCCCUCUGGUGGCUGCGUUGGAAUCUAGGCUGUUGAAAAUAAGACUACCAUGGAGCUGGAGAGUGGAUGAUGGAACAGUGCCACAAAGCAUGCUGUUCAAUCCUGAGAUUCAGUUGUUCUUAAAUAAAUGUUUCCUGAGCUGCUGAAAGCUUAUAGUUAGUAUCCAGAGUCAGAAAAACCUGAUUCUGACAAUUUCUUUUUUUGCCAGAUUUUUCAUUGCUUUUACAGAGAAGAGAAUUUUCAGAGAUCUUAUGCCACCAUUUUGGGUUAUAUCUCCCCUGCAGUUUGUAACCUCACCCAGGGUUUGGCCAGAGCAGCAAGGAAUAACCCUUUGUAGUUAAAGUAAUUCCCUCAUUUAAUGGAACCAGCUUUGCUGGUGUGAGUACCUUGAAAUCACAGAAACCCGAUUUAAAACAGAUAUCCUCUUCAAAUUGCUUUUUGAAAUCUUUUUGUCUUAACUAUAAAUUAUGAUAAUAUUCUGAAGUCAAUGAACCUAUAUCCAAAUCCUGUUCAAAGCUACAAGUACAUACUAUUUCAUUGUGUUACUAAAACAUAAAGUCUAACCAGCCUUCUAUGACUGUACUUUUAGAUAUGAGUAUUUUUAGAUAUUAGCCUCCCCACAUCACUGUCUUUUUAUUUUGUUGAAAUCCCAAAUUUGCUUUUGAUUAACAGUCAAACCUUAAAUGGUCCUCUGAGAGAAACAAAACCUGAAAAGGUGAGAUUGAAAUUAAAUGAUUUAAAAUAGUAUUUGGGCAUUCACAUUUCCAUUGGUGCUAAAAUAAAUCUGAACAUGGAAUGGAAUUCAGAACUCCAUGAAAGAGAGCUGGUGUCCAAAGAGUUGAUGUCACACAGCCUAAGGCCUGAUAGGCCUAUAAGUUGGAGCUGGACAGUGGUUGUCCAUUCUGGUCGCACUGGUGGAGACUGUGCUUCUAAAAGCGAGCUCUGCAUGCUUAUAUCUCAAUUACUCCUAACAAGGAUAAGUAGAAUUUUCUUUCUCAAAUUAAGGGUUUGAGAAAUUCCUGAUAAGAUGUACUGUUCCCUAAAGUUGAUUUUAAUUGUAAUUUUUUUAAACUGUCAGCAUUUAUCCAGCUUUGGCGACUUAGAUACUCGUAAGUAUGCUUUGGCAGUUGGAUUGUUUAUUCUUCUCUUCUGGCUCACUUUUCCCCAGUUUCAGGGAGUCAGAUUAAACAAAUUGCUUAUUCCACACAAAUGGGGCUUCCUGGAAAGAUUUAGCAUUUAGGAGGAAAAAUGGCAGUUGUCAGAGGGAGAAUUGAAAGCUUCCUUUUCCUGAAACACAUAUCACAAAAUAGAUUAGUAUAUUCUUAGUAUUUUUGAACAUAACAUUUAAAAAAAGUCAUUCCCUUAAUAAUUGCCAUAGAGGAUUUUUAAGCCUGAUGUACAGGGAAGGGUUUAAUUCUGACUCUGAAAGGGAACUUAUUUCAGGAGGCCCAGGUGUUUGGGAAUAAAACCAUUUGCUCGAGUGCAGGCUGGUUAUUUACAGCUGCACUUUACUGCAUGUGAAAGAGAGAAAAAGAUUCUUCCCACUUUCUUUCCUUCCUUCUCUCUGGACUUUGCAUUUCAGUCCCAUCUCAUUUAGAAAUGAACCCUUUCCCCCAUCUCUGGGCCAGCUUAGGGUCCUGGGCCCCCCCUAGGAAGACUCAUUUGUGUUUUACACGCAUAAGGAUCUGUGGUUUGGGUUCAUUCUUCCUCCACUGAAGGAAGCAUAUUGAGGUUGCUAGGUGGCUGUGGGGAGGGAAGCCACAUUCACCGCUUGCCUGCACUUCUCUGCCUAGGUGAAGCUUCCCAAGUUAACACGAUAAUUAUGUUCUGCAUUGGUGGCGGUAUCCUUUUGGCUGUGCUUGUGCUGAUGGCUGCUGUCAUCUGCCUUUACUACAAAGUAGCCAACGCAUUGAACUCCUCCUCUGCUUCUUCUGAGAUACCUCUGACAAGUUGUAACAAAUGGACUGAGAAGAAAAAUUCUAAUCCUAUGCUCUGUGUAUGUCUUUUCUUAAGAGUUCCAAAGGUACCUAUUUCUUCAGCCUUAAAAGAUAAUCCAGCCAUGGUCACCCAGGACAAGGUCACUGCGGCCAUCACCACUGGGUCUUAUCCCAACCUCCAAUGCUGUGAUGAAUGUAACUUGUAUGCUGGCUUUGAUGCCCUGCCACCGUGCUUCUGUGAUGCAAACGAGGGACUCUGACUUGGGUGGGCACAAAUAUCUUUGUGAGCAAUAUUUCUUUAUUAGUAGAAUGUUUUAUUAUUCAAGUCAAGUUUUAUACCGUUUACAUUAUAUCAUGUGCUAUGUAACAUAUUUAUGUACUUUUGAAUAACUGAAAUAUUGAAAAUAAUCCUCUCUGCCUCCAGUGUUGUUGUUGUUAGUUAUAAAAGUACUUAAAUUUGUGUAGUACCCACUUUGGGACUUGGGGCAACUAGCUUAUAAAGUUGUACUGCAAUAUAAGGAGAGUUAGAGUAGAAAAUACACCUAUAUAUCCAACCCCAGAAAAAAAAUAUUGACCUUAGAGUGUUUCUAGUUUCAGACCCUGCUAAACUUCCCACGGUCGGCCCUCCUCCUUCUAAGGGCUUCAUUCACUCUCAUCCAGCUACUCUACCAUGGGCAGUUGUUAUACUGCCCUGGAGGGAAACUCCAUUCAUCCCAGAGGGAGAACAGCCAGAUGGGCUACCUCUGGGUUGAGGUUGCCUGAUAUGUGCAAUCAUGGGGUUGAGCUCUGUGGUGUCAAAAGGACAUUUUAAAAACCUGAGAUUCCUCCUCCUGCUAUCCUCCAGAGCUUCAGAAGCAGAUUUUUUUCUUCUUUUUGGAUCACUUUAACGCUGAUUAUUGCUGACUCAGCUGUCAGUGUCUUUAACUGCAAACAGGAACCUCCCGCUGAAUGGUGAAGCCCAGAUCCUCCUGGUCUCAGCAGUAGGCAGGAGGGUGCACCCCCUGUCACUCCUGCUCGUCUGCUCCCUUCUGUUCCUGCUCUUUCCUCUGAACCUCUGGAACCCCCUUUUAACCAUAGACUCUCCAUUUGUAACCACAAUUUGUUCUUUUUUUAAAAAAAAAAAAACAUUUGAA